UAUGCUAACCCAACAUUUCAGCACAGUUCAAAGUUGCCUGAGAGCCUCUUGCAAAACCGUCCUUGGCUCAUAUCGAAAGUUAGCGCUCCUUCUCUGUUUGGAGAGAGUUUGGGAACAGACUGGGAGUAAUGGAGGUCAGUUUCACUGAGGGGGAGUUUUACCAGGAGCAUUUUGACUCCAGAGCUUACAUCGAUAACUUCUAUUCCAGUCCAGAGGGACAUUCAGGCGAGAAGCGUCUUCUUACUUUCGUUUUAGACUGUCUCAGCAAGACUUUCUCAGCAGGCAGAUAUAAAGGCCAGACCCUCAUUGACGUGGGCAGUGGACCAACUAUCCACAGCGUCCUCAGCGCCUGUGAGCAUUUCCAGGAGAUCGUCCUGUCAGAUUUUGCAGACGCUAAUCGACAGGAACUAGAGAAAUGGCUAAGGAAUGAGGAAGCGUGUUUCAACUGGAAGCCCGUUAUCCAGUAUGUCUGCAACAAGGAGAAAAAAAGCCCGUCUGAGGUGGAAGCUAAAGUGAGGCAGAGGGUGAAACAGGUGCUGAAAUGUGAUGUCCGAUUGGAAAAUCCUUUCCACCCUCAAACCUUGAAGCCUGCAGACUGUGUGAUAACAUGCCUGUGUCUUGAGGCGGCCUGCAAAGACAUGCUGGAGUACAAGAAGGCACUAGCCAAUUUAUCCACACUGCUGCGGCCUGCUGGAGUUCUGGUCAUGGUGGGUGUUUUAGAAGAGAGUUUCUACUGUGUUAACCAAACACGCUUCUCCUGUCUCCAGCUCAGCCAGGAGAGUAUUGAAGCUGAGCUCCACAACCUGGGUUUUACCAUCCAGGAGCUCAACAUCUUUCCAUCACCCGAACCGGAGGACAACGACGUGUCUGAUUACAAGGCUGUUUUUCAUCUUGUAGCUUUGAAAUCUGACAAGAUAUGACAAGCUAUUGAGCUCAGCAUGUUAACUCCACAAUAUUCAAUGGCAGUGGAAGAUAAUGUGUGAAAUUUUUAAUGUUUGUAUCAGUACGUCCAAAAUUUCAAAAAAGAAUAGACCGAAGGUCUCCAAAAUGCAUGCGCAUGCUAGACAUAACAGUGAUAUUUCUCAGCAGACUAACAGCGCUAAGUCAAGAAGUGAGAAGACUUAUCAAAUAGCAAUCCAUCGAAAAAACACUGGUCACCAGUUCUGCUCUUGGAGAUUUGCUUUCCUGAAGAAUUCACUUUCAGCCCUGAUCCAGAUAACUAGUCCACUUCAUUAAUGGGGACAUCUGUGUUAGAUUUGGGCUGGAGCUGAAUUCUGCAGGAAGGCAGAUCAUCAGGAGCAGGGCUGGUGACCACUGAUCUAAAAUGACAUGGAAGUAAACAAAAAAAUUAUAGCUGUAAAAUGUUAACUUUACAGCAAAUUUAAUGUAACAAGAUUUUUUUCAAAAGUAAUUUCAGACCAUUUCUGUUGAUCCAGUCAUUAUGAAAUUUAAACAAAAUUCAACUGUAACUUGCAGAAGGUAAUUGAAGUUUUCAAAUCCUGAAAAAAAGUGAAACAUGACAAAAAUGAACAUACAAGGUUUUUUGUAUAUGGUUCUACAUAGAACCUUUUUGAAAGUGGUUCUGUGUAGCACCAAGAAAGAUUCCUCUAUUUUUACAAAAUCAAGUUUAUAACAAUAGAAGAACCCUUUUUGGUGCUAUAUAGAACCAUUUUCAAAAAAGGUUCUCUGCAGUACCAUAUACAGCACAUUCUCCAUCAAUCUGAAGAAUCAUUUCACCAUGCAAAGAACCAUUUAAGCAUGAGAUGGUUCUUUAGUAAGGAAAAUGGCUGUAUAUAGAAUCAUAAUCAUAAAAGGGUUCACAUUGUAAGAGUUCUUCAGAUUGAUGGACAAUGUGUUAUAGAUGGAUCUACAUAGAACAGGUCUAAAACAGGUCUAUAUAGCACCAAAAAGGUUCUUCCAUUGUUAUAAGCUUGACAUCUUAAUGAUAGAAACAAUCAAAAAAGUUCCAUAUAGAACCAUCUGUAGCACAUCGUCCAUUAAUCUGUUUUUCUAAAUCCAGGGAGUAGCAAUAACAAGAUAAUAAAGUAACAUAGCCAGCUACCUUAGCUAUGCAAGUCCUCUAAUUCACAGAAGGCAGGGAUAUUUCUCGAUCCAUGGGGCUCUAUUUUAUCUAUCUGAA